UUUUAAAGUAUUCUUUAUAGACCUGGUUAAUUAAAAGUAUAUUUAAAUAUUAUUAUUUUUAAUUGUGCGUGUAAAACAUAAUCAAUGCCUCAAAACAUUGCGAUAAUUGGAGCUGGAAUUAUUGGCCUGUCCACUGCUUGUAAGAUACAGGAAGAUAUACCAGGAUGCAAGGUGACAAUAUUCUAUGAUGAGUGUUCACCAAACACGACAGGAGAUAUCUCUGCUGGGUUUAUCUACCCUUACGAAUGCGGGAACGAUGAAGAAAACCAGGCCAUUUAUUUUCGACAAACAUUGGAGCGCUUUAGAGUGUUGUAUGACAGACAGGAUGCGUUUGAAAUAGGUAUUGGAGAAAUGACUGGCUUCUUAGUUGGUGAGGAUGCAAAACUGACAGAAGUUUUAAAAGAAUUCCCAAACUUUCGUAAAGCAAGUGAGGCAGAGUGCCAUCACUUUUUGAGAGAUACUAAAGAAAGGCCAGUGUACACAUUGACUACUUGGAUUUGUGAAUGCACACGUUAUCUACCAUGGUUGACAAAGAGUAUUGAACUAAAAGGCGGAAAAUUGAUAAAAAAGCACAUUUCUUCAUUUGAGGACUUAUCUGAUUUUGACAUCAUUAUAAACUGUGCUGGCAUUGGGGCAAAGUUUCUUACAUCGGACAAAGAAUUGUAUCCAGUCAGAGGGCAGGUAUAUGCAGUUGAAGCUCCUUGGAUUAAACAUUUCUAUUUGUUUAAUGAUUACUACAUUCUACCACGCUUAACUGAUGUAGUUUUGGGAGGGACACAUCAAUAUGACAAUUACAACUUGGAAGUUGACGAAAAAGAUUCUGAUAAGAUAUGGCGCUACUGCUGCGAGUUUGAACCAAGUUUGCGAUACAGCAAAAUCAAAAGUCAACAUGUUGGUUUAAGACCAAAGAGAACAGCAAUCAGAAUUGAGCUGGAACAACAAAAACUGAGCAAUCGCACAGUCACUAUUCUUCAUAACUAUGGCCAUGGUGGUUCUGGUGUCACUAUGCAUUGGGGAUGUGCAAUAAAAGCAUCUCAAUUACUUCAACAACAUUUAAAUCUUGUGCAAAAACUCUGAAAGACUAAAUGUUCAUUCAUGUUCUUUUAAAGCCACAACGCUUUUUACAUAGGUUCACCUUAUGUUUAAUAAUUAUUUCAUGCUUUUAGCAGUACUGUUUAAUUUAAAUCUGUUAAAUUUUGUGUUAUUUUAGCAACCAGGUUAAUUUGUGAGCAGUAUAAACAAUUUUAUUUAUUUUGUAAAGUAAACAAUAAAGUGUUAUUUUAAGUCAAUGAUUUUAUAACACCAUAGCUUAUACAUAUGGAUGUAAAUGCUAUGAUAAAAUGUAUAUAUGUACUUUUAAUAUAGAAUUCUAUGCAAUUUGUGCUUAUAUAUCAUAUUGUUUGCUUGUGAAAUUACAGUAAACUUUGCUUAUCAAGUGGAUGCAAA